AUGAGCCGAUCACCAAGCUCGCAAGUACCCUUGUACCUAUGGGGUGGCUCUCAAGUUCCCAAAGAGAAGUUUGUGGCCAAUCUGCAUCGUGUCAACACCGAGGCCCAGUUCAAAACAUGGCGUGCCCUUUUCGAUUUCGCCAUUCCCAAGGACGUACAUGUCAAGUUAGCAGAGCCCUUGUUCGACAGCGUACCACGAGUGGAUUCGAACAAUCCAGGUGCCAGGAUCAUCACGUUCUGCCCCUUCUAUUUCUCGCUGGGCUUCACGUUUUCGAUGUCGAAAUUUUUCAGGGAUGUGCUUUGCGCCAUGGAGUGUGCCCCGAGCCAGUGUACUCCGAAUGUUUAUCGAGCGGUCAUCUGUUUUGAAAAUUUGAGUCACUUCUUCAAGCUAGAUUUGACAGUGCAGGAAUUCUUCUACUUCUUCGAGGUGAGACGCUUCGAGAAGUAUGCCCAACUUCGUGCGCGCAAACCCAAGUUGCUUGAUAGUCUAAGUCAAGGCGAUCAUGUUUGGAGCAAGGAUGUGCUGGAUGUUAGUGGCAGAUGA